AUGUCGCUGCUCACUCAUGUCUUGGCAUGCCUGUUCGGUAUGGGCUCCUGGGUGGCAAUCAACGGAAUGUGGGUGGAGCUUCCCCUGAUUGUACCCAAGAUCCCAGAGGGCUGGUAUCUGCCAUCCUACCUCACAGUCCUCAUCCAGAUGGCCAACAUUGGUCCUCUCUUCAUCACUCUGAUGCACCACUUCCGCCCAGGGGUGCUAGAUGAGCGGCCGGUCAUCUACUGCAUUGUAGGUUUGGGGGUCAUUGCUACAUUCCUGCUGGCUUUCUUCUGGAGACACACAGUGGCAAUAGGGAGCUCUAUGCACAGUGUACCCCUGCUGGUGUUAAGCUUCCUGCUCUCUGUGGUGGACUGCACCUCCUCUGUUACUUUUCUGCCUUUCAUGAUGCGGCUACGUCCAAAGUAUCUCACCACGUACUUUGCAGGGGAAGGCCUCAGUGGUCUGGUGCCUGCACUGGUGGCUCUGAUUCAAGGUGUUGGUGUAGUCCAUUGUCAGAAUGCAACUUUGGCUGAUGCAGGCACCAUAACAGCUGAUAAUGCCACUAGGGAAGGCAGUGGAGAGCUACGAGCCAUUUACCAGCCAGCUAAAUUCUCUGCCCAGGUCUUCUUCGUGUUCCUCAGUGUCAUGAUGGUUGUGUGCAUGAUAGCCUUCAUCCUACUUAACCAUCACCCUUCUGUGGCUCGGGAGAGAAAGAACGACCUGUACUUCAAUGGUGAUCUGGUCCCUGGGAAGAGAGAACAAGGUCUGUCUCUGCACGCCCAGACACCAGAGCAGAAGCCUAUGAUCGGCCCUGGUGAAACCAUUAGGAGGGAACCCAGGAGCUCUUUUGGGUUGGGGACGUAUAGCAGUCUUGAGGUGUUGUUCAUCUUUAUUGUACUGGCUUGGGUCAAUGCUCUGACCAACGCAGUGCUGCCCUCGGUCCAGUCCUACUCCUGUCUGCCUUAUGGGAACAAGGCCUACCAUCUAGCUGCCACCAUGGCAGCUGUUGCUAACCCAGUGGCCUGCUUUAUUGCCAUGUUCAUGCCCAUUAGAUCUCUCAUCUUAAUGGGUUUCUUGACCAUGAUCGGGACUGGAUUUGGAGCCUACAUUAUGGCCAUGGCUGCUCUUAGUCCCUGCCCCCUGCUGGUCCACAGUGCCUCUGGAACUACAGUCAUAGUGCUGACCUGGAUCCUGUUUGUCCUGUCCCUGUCAUAUGUGAAGGUCAUCAUUGGGGUGAUUCUGAGGGAUGAGGGCCACAGUGCCCUUGUGUGGUGCGGAGCAGUAGUGCAAUUGGGCUCCAUGGUUGGUGCUGUGUCCAUGUUCCCAUUGGUCAGCGUAUAUAGACUUUUCAAGUCAGGUGAUGCUUGCAACACCAAGUGCCCAAUGUAGUGAAUAAAUAUGUUUAAGUGAUACACUGCUGUACAAAACUGAAAUAUAAUUGUCUCUUAUUUCAGUAGCACUGAAGUCAUUGCUGUGUUGUGUUUUAUGUAUUCCUACAGAGGUGAGGUCAGUGUUUAUCUACAAUAGUAUCACUCCCUGAAUUUGUUGGAUGAUGGAAGAUGGAAGAAUAAUAUUUUAUAUUCUGUUGACUUAUGGAGUGAGCUCUACAAAAGGCUGACAUGACACCUAUUAUUACUGUGUUGGGGCAUUUUGUUGCUGAGAAUAUUACACCUUCUUCUCAAUUAUUGGUCAAGGCCAGUUUACUUGAACAUAAAAUUAAGCAUAAUUGAUUGAUGUUGCUUUUAUAACAACCUCUGGUUUUUUUGGAUUUAAAACAUGCCCUUCUUUGAGCCACUGGUAGAUUUGUGCUUUUAUUGGUGUACAUGGUUGUUAACUGAAUGAUUUGUGCUUUUUUUCUGUGCACAUGGUUGUUUAAUGUGAUAACUUGCAUUGUAUGUGUUACUUGAGUGAAGAAACCACUAAAUACCAAAUAAAACACAUGUUUAAAUAUG